AAAUGAAAAUAUUUUUAACAGUUUUAAUUAUUAUAUUUUAUUCGGGAUAUAUACAUUCAAAUAACGAAUACGAUCUCACUACGAAAAGCAACGAAGUAAAAAACACUACCUAUCCAAUCAUCAAGGACAACGAAGAAAAGUGCUACGCAUAUUGUUUUAACAUUGUACAACCUGUUUUGGAACAUACAGUACAUAUACAUGUGAAGGACAAACAAAUUCAGGAACAAGCUAUUACUUUAAAAGAGUAUGAGAAACAGAUAGCGGAUCUCAAAAUGAAGGUGGCAAUAUACGAAGAGACUAUCAAAAAUAAAGAUCAACAGAUUCUAAGUUGUGAUAAAUCUAAAAAAUGAAAGUCUUGAGAAAAGUAACAUUAUUGCAGCCAAGGAUGAACUGCUUUCCAAAUCGAAUGAAAAACUUACUGAAUACAAAAUAAAAUUGGGGAGCAUUGUCCAGCACCAAAUUGUCUUGGUAAAUUAACUGAUAUUUAUGAGAUAAAAGUUCCUGGCAUGGUUACAUUUUCGGUGCCAUGUGAUUCGCGUUUAGCUGGCUCUGGAUGGACUGUGAUUCAAAGACGUAUGGAUGGAUCUGUUGAUUUUAAUCGCAAUUGGACAGAUUAUCGCCAAGGAUUUGGUGAUCUGAGUGGAGAAUUUUUCAUUGGACUUGAUAAACUGCAUCUAAUAACUAAAUCGCAAACGCACGAGUUGUACAUUUACCUUAAAGACUUUGACGACAAGGAGCGAUAUGCCCGAUAUGAUAAUUUUUAUAUAGGAGAUGAGGACGAGUUUUAUAAAAUUAAAUCCAUUGGCAGUUACUCUGGUAAUGCUGGCAAUGCCUUGGAACAUCAUAAGAACUCGAAAUUUUCGACUUCAGAUCGGGAUAAUGAUGGCGCUAAAGGACAUUGUGGACAAACCUACAAAUCCGGUUGGUGGUUUGACGAUUGUUAUAUAUGUAAUGUAAAUGGAAUUUAUGAUAAGAAUGCGAAAGCAUUAAGCGAUCCAGGCGUGAAAUGGAAUUCGUGGAGUAAUAACCCACUUAAAUUUGUUCAAAUGAUGAUUAGACCAAAAUAAAGAAAAUGAAUAAACCCAAGCAAAAAUUGCUAAGCGGAAAUGUAAUAAAAGUAAAAAUCAAUAAAAACUUCUCAAAGUAUUCUCAAAAUAUUAACAUUAAAAG